AUGGCCCUACUGUACAUAACCAUCGCUUUGGCGAUCCAGGGUUCAUUCGCCUUCGAUAAUGUAACGGAAUCAUUAGAAUAUGUCAACAGUUGUGAAGUAGUUAACACUACAAUGGAGGUAGAGAAUGAAGUUAUUGCUGAACCUCCGCCAAAAGAACAAAAGGAAUGGAUCGACUUCUUCUUACUACCUGACACGCACUUGCAUCCUACAUCUUCAGUUGCUAUGAUGACUCAAGCGAUCAAUUCAGAGAAAUCAGUUGAAGAACAGCUAGAUGAAAUCAAGGAAAUCGCACAGAAGAUCACCCUCGCUAUACAGAGUGAAAUGGCGAAUCUCCUAUCCUAUGCUCUUAAUAGUAUAGAAAAAGACGGAAAUGAACUUGGAGAAAACAACUGUCGGGAAAAACGAUCAGUUGAAACUCCCAUGGCCAGCACACAACUAGUUAACAGAUUGCUUAAACAUAUCAAAAGUAACAACGAAUAUCAGAACAUUGCUAUCGACAAAAUGAUGACUGCUCAAGAAAUUGCUGACAAGUACGGUAUUGAGUUCAGUCCUGACACUGAAAUACUAUCAGACCUCGCUAUUGCAGCUAACCAGCAGGCUGACGAGAUGAACUCACUACUACAAGAAUCUUUAGAAAUGAAGAACGUUUCGCGCAGUGUACCAACACCAUUGAAACCAAAAACGCAUCGUGAGCAGAAACCUGUAACCCCUGCUCAACCAGCAACUACCCACCACCAUCACGUAGACCCCUACAACUAUCCGUAUGAGACUCAGAUCCCUGCUCCUCCUCAAAAUUACUACAGCAGUCCUCCUGUCAGUAAGCGGCCAAACUUCUACGAUACCGUGUCUUAUGCUCCUCAAGAAUACCCUUACUGUUCUAUGGAGCCUGUGACUUCAGCUUCAACUAUCUUUUUGCCUAUUGAGGAAAUUCUGGAACCAGAACCGGAACUCGUAGGAGAAGAGCUUGAAGAAACAGUAUCAUCUAAAGUGUACGUUGAUAGAGGGGAAGAGCCAGGCUCCGCUACAGUCAGCCAUGUCAUGACGUACACAGUUGGCGAAAGGUCACAUUUCAGAACACCAGAAAUUGAGAGGUUACCCCAACAAGUGCAAUAUUGCUUUUUCCUCGUAUAA